CUGAUCCUGUCGAAAAUGACAUUAAAAUAUCACCAAGUCACAAAUUGGUGAUAAUGGAAGGACUUUACCUCCAUUUGAAAGAACCUCCAAUUUGGAGAUCAAUUGCAUCACAUAUGGACGAACUAUGGUUUCUACAUAUAGAUCGUGAAAUUGCAAAAAAAAGAAUGAUCAAGAGGCACAUUCAAAGUCGCAUUGCUGAAACUGAAGAACAGGCAAUUUUUAGAGUAGAAAAUAGUGAUAUGGUGAAUGCUAAUUAUGUUUUAGAAAACAGUUUGACGCCAACUCGUACAGUAAUUGCCGUUGAUGAGCCUGCUCAUACUAUUUGA